AUGGACUUGAUGGGUAGACCACUUGGUGGACAAGGAGUUGGCUGGAUGGUCACACUUAGAGUUGUGGUCAACAGCUUGGUGUCCAAGAGAGCUGGGGUUGUUCAGCCUGGAAAACAAAAGACUGGGGAGACCUUCUUCUCUCGAGACAUUCAAGACCUUCCUGGACGUGUUCCUGUUUCUACAAUCCAAGAACUUGUUACUGGUUACGAAGCCUCUUUGAAAACUUGUGAUCUUUUUAGUACGUGUGAAAACGGCGAGAGAGAGCCCCCAACGACACUGCUUUGGGUUCGGUAUUUCCUGGCACAGCACUUUGACAGACUUGGCCAGUGUUCUUUGGCCUUGGAUUACAUAAAUGCUGCAAUUGCAAGCACUCCAACAUUAAUAGAGCUGUUCUAUUUAAAAGCAAAAAUUUACAAGCAUGUAGGUAACCUCAAGGAAGCUGCCAAAUGGAUGGAUGAAGCACAGUCUUUGGAUACUGCAGAUAGAUUUAUCAAUUCCAAAUGUGCCAAGUACAUGCUGCGAGCAAAUAUGGUGAAGGAUGCAGAGGAGAUGUGCUCUAAAUUCACAAGGGAAGGAACUUCUGCUAUGGAAAACCUAAAUGAGAUGCAGUGUAUGUGGUUCCAGACCGAAUGUGCUGCAGCUUAUCAAAGACUAGGGAAGUAUGGUGAUGCCUUGAAAAAAUGCCAUGAAGUAGAAAGGCAUUUUUUUGAGAUAACAGAUGAUCAGUUUGACUUCCACACAUACUGCAUGAGAAAGAUGACUCUUCGUGCCUAUGUAGACCUUUUGAGAUUAGAAGAUGUGCUCAGGAAACAUGCCUUCUACUUCAAGGCUGCUCGAUCAGCAAUUGAAAUCUACUUGAAGCUCCAUGAUAAUCCUCUUACCAAUGAAAGCAAAGAACAAGAAGUGAAUUCAGAAAAUCUCUCAGCCAAAGAAUUGAAGAAAAUGCUUAGCAAGCAAAGAAGAGCACAGAAGAAAGCAAAACUUGAAGAGGAAAGAAAACAUGCGGAAAGAGAGCGACAACAAAAGAAUCAAAAGAAAAAGCGAGAUGAAGAGGAAGAGGAAACUAGUGGACCCAGGGAAGAGCUAGUUCCUGAAAAACUGGAAAGGGUAGAAAAUCCAUUAGAAGAAGCCAUUAAGUUCCUUAUACCGCUUAAGAACCUUAUUGGAGAUGAUAUAGAAACACAUUUAUUAGCAUUUGAAAUAUACUUUAGAAAAGGAAAGUUUCUGUUAAUGUUACAGUCUGUCAAAAGAGCUUUUGCUAUCAACAGUAAUAACCCAUGGCUACACGAGUGCUUGAUUAAAUUCUCAAAAGCUGUAUCUGACCAUAGUAACCUCCCAGAAAUUGUGAGCAAGGUCCUAACUCAAGAAAUGCAGAAAAUCUUUGUUAAUAAAAACUUGGAAAGUUUUAAUGAAGAAUUUCUCAAACACAAUGCUACCUCCAUUCAGCACCAACUGUCAGGUGCGAAGAUGAUGUAUUUCCUGGACAAAUCAAGACAAGAAAAAGCAAUUGCUGUUGCUACUAGAUUGGAUAAAAACAUGAGAGACAAAAAUGUGAAGACAUUAACAAAGGUUUUUGAGGCACUGCUUGAUGGCAGUUUUGGAAGCUGCCGCACUCAAUGUGAAGAAUAUCAAGCAGCCUGUCAUAAACUGUUUCCUUUUACGUCUGCCUUUAUGCCUGCCACAAACGAGGACGAUAGCAGCAUUGCAUCUGUGAAUCAUACAGCCAUUAACCAUGACUUGCUGUCUAAUGAAAUUUGAAGUAGUGCGUGCAAGCCUGUGUGUGUCUGUACCUACAUGCACACACGUAUACGAAACUCUGACUCAUUACAUGCUGGCUGGAUACAGAUCAGGGUUACUUUUCCAGGUUGUAUUUUAAUAUCUUUAACAGGUAUAAAACAAAAUAUUUGGAUAGCUAAAUGAAAUGGAGUAUGCUAUUAGUUAUUUUUUUCCUCCCGACAAAAACUGCCAAUAUUUAUGUAAACAUUAUCCUUAAUCAGUGUUUUUUCAUGUUUAUACUUGUACAGUUUUAAGUCUUUUAAUAAUCCAUCAGCCUUCCCUCACAAAAAAUGUGGAUGUUAAAGACUGUGUUCACAUAAAUGUUGUUGCAUAUACAAUUAAAUGUGAUCAUAUCUUGUUAAUAAGUCAUCAUUUAAGAGUUUUUAGCAGAU